CCCAUUCCCUACUUCACUCACUCAUACCUGAGCAAUGCUAACGUCAUCUCGCAUAGUUGCGGUGUUUGGAGCCACUGGGACUCAAGGCUUAUCCGUCGUACAAACCUUACUAGCAGAUGGUACAUUCAUACCGCGUGCAAUCACUCGAAACUGCAGUUCGGAGAAGGCAUUGAAGCUGAAGACUCUUGAUGCCGAGGUUGCCCAAGCCGAUUUAUGGGACAUCGACUCGUUGAAGCAAGCCCUAUCCGAUGUUGAGGCCGUCUAUGGGUAUGUCACCGACGAUUAUGAUCCCAAGAACUUCGCUCAAGGUCACAACAGCGAAAUGCUAUUUGGCAAGAAUCUCGUUGACGCUGCUAAAGCAACGGGUGUUAAGUACUUCAUUUGGAGUUCUCUUCCGCACUGUACAAGGGUGUCCAAUGGGAAGUAUGCAAAUGUUUAUCACCUCGACAAAUCCAGCAUACCCCAUUCUAUCUUGUACACCGGUAAGCAAUUUUCCAUUUUCAGCUUUUUGGAGAAUCUCUGGAGGUACAAUACUCUUGCGCAUGUGCCGGAUUCCGAUCGCCUUGAGCUAACCGUGGCCAGAUACAACGCUCAAACCCCUCAGUAUUUCACGUGGGUCGAGCGGGACCUUGGCCGGUGCGCAUUAGCGCUUCUCAAGCACUACAAAGAUCCUCAAUCAGAGGUUCUCUCCCGCACGUUCUAUGCCGUCAGUGCAAAGUUGAACUACACUCAGCUUGCAUCGAUCCUCUAAAAAUGGACGACAUGGUUGGUAUCGUUCAGCAUGAUCAAAACCUUGAUGCUGAUGGUAUUUUGAGUGAAGUUCCAUACUAUGGAGGAAUUUUCUCAGGAAAUUAAAGGCAGAAUCUUAUUUCGAACAAAGAUUGUUUUUUG